AUGUUGUCCAUCCUGCUGCUACCUCUGAUCCUGUGCAGCUCUUAUGCCUCCAGUCAGAUCCUGUAUCCGCCGCAGUACACCACCAAUCGGAUUGUGGGCGGCGAGGAUGCCGCCGAGGGUGUGGCUCCCUACCAGAUUUCACUCCAAGGAGUUGGAAGUGGUCUUCACUCUUGUGGCGGAGCCAUCAUCGACGAGCGCUGGAUCAUCACGGCGGCGCACUGCACGCGGGGCAAGCAGGCGGCGGGCUUCCGAGUCCUUACGGGCACCCAGGAUCUGCAGCAAAACGCCUCGAGAUACUACUACCCGGAUAAAAUUGUGGAACACUCGGACUAUGCGCCGCGCAAGUAUCGCAACGACAUAGCCCUGUUGCAUCUGAACGAGUCCAUAGUGUUUGACAAUGCCACCCAGCCGGUGGAGCUGGAUCACGAGGCCUUAGUGCCUGGCUCCCGGCUGCUUCUUACCGGCUGGGGCACUCUCUCGUUGGGUGGAGAAGUUCCCUCUCGGCUGCAGAGUCUGGAGGUCACUUAUGUGCCCUUUGAACAAUGCCGCGCUGCCCACGACAAUAGCUCCCGUGUGGAUAUCGGUCAUGUGUGCACCUUUAACGACAAGGGACGAGGUGCAUGUCAUGGGGAUUCCGGUGGUCCUCUGGUGCAUAACGGCAAGCUGGUGGCUUUGGUUAACUGGGGCAUGCCCUGUGCCAAAGGAUAUCCAGAUGCCCAUGCUUCCAUAGCUUAUUAUCACGACUUUAUAAGGACUCACCUGAGUUUAUCCAAAACUGAUAGUCUUGAUGAAAAUCUGGAGGAAAUAAUGAAGGGGAAAAAUGAGGAUUAUUCGAUAUAG